AUGCUGCGAUCUCUCAAAAACAAAGCAUCCAACGUUUGGCAGAAGAGGAAGACGUCGAGAACAAUUUCAAAUCCCGAACUCCAGGCUUCUAGCAGCGCCCUCGUUGAAUUUGAAGUUGACGCUGAGGCUGUCAUUGUCGAUUACUACAACAACAACAACAACAACAACAGCAACACUACCACCACCACCAACACAGUGAAUCCGCCUCCAUAUCAAGACCAUCCCUAUCCUCUACCCCCCACUUCUGUUCCCUCGACAAUCUCGACGGAUCCUGAACAUGAGCAACAGCCUCGACGGCAACCCUCUUAUCCUCUACCUCCGACCUCUGUCCCUUCUACUGUCUCGACCCUCUCGGAUGAUCAGCACAACCAAGAGAAUCCCACAACUCAGGAGCCAGUAGAAGAAUCCCCCAAUCCAGGACCAAACCCGUAUGCCACAAAAUACGUUCCUUACACAGACGCAAAUCCUCUCAAGAACAACAUGUUUGUCAACUCGGCUGGUAUCUACGGGCGGGUAAACCCAGAUAUCAUGGGAGGCUUUGGAGACGACGACGAAUCCAUCUGGCUCGUGGAUGAUGAGGAAGAGGAUGAAAUCGAUCAAGGGCAGCAACACGAUAGUCAAAACCCCCUCACUCCAACAGAUUCUACCUCUGAGUUGGCUUUGAGGCCUUCCAACUCAUCGUCGUCGCACAACCCGGAAACUCACCUGCAACAACCAGGUGCCACUCCCGCACCCGCACCCGCACCAUCUGCCCAGCCAGCCUUUCACUACCAACGGCCUUCGUUCUUGGAUAAUGACGACGACUUGGUUUCCGGCUCGCCCCCUGAUACAGUCACAACCCCCGAGACUAUUUCUAAUGAGAAGGGGAAAUCGACAUUACAAUGGGGCUACGCUCCUAUUUCAUCAUCGAUCCUCGAGUUGACAGACCUUGGUGUCGAGGAUGUUGAUACAAAGUCUCUUGAUACCAGAGACUACACAGAAUUGCCCAACAAACGCCCUCGAACUACUGUAGCUACUGCUGGGCCCUCAACGUCCACUAACCCGUAUGUCAAUUUGUUUGAGCAGCAAGAUGACGCUAUGACAAUGGCAUAUCUUCGCCAGCUAGAAAAGCUCGAGACCGACGUAGCUGAUGAAUUCCGUAUGUGCGGACAUCAAACACGUGGAUGCUUUCCCACGUUUCUCCAUCACGGCAACAUGCACACAUCGUCCAAGCACAUGCCUUGA